AUGGCGACCCCAGUGCCACGAACGGAGCAUGCCGCCAUGGUAGACGCUCCGUUUGCCGGCUCCGAUCGAAAGCCGAGCCUGCACACGCUGCAGCCGCUCGUGCGCCUCCUUGUGAUCUCGCACAGGGAGAUCGAGUCCAUUCUCGGCGAGGCCCUAGGGCAUACCCUGACCAAGCUCACCGAUGAUCAGUGGAGAUUCCUAGGCGACAACAAGAACGCGUGGCGGACCUUGCUCUUUGCCCUCCUCUACCUCUUGCGAGAAGACGGCGGCAAGGCCACGCCCGGCAAGACCUUGACGAAAUUCGAGGAUCGGCUCACCUCGGAUGCGCCCGAGGGGUCGCAACGACGUGCUCAAGAAUACGAGCAUUUUCGUCGCGUAUCGGGGGGGCAAGACUCGAUCGGAUUUUCCGGUGUAAGUGACGUAUGGUUCGAGACACCAGCGACGAAACGAGCACGGGGCUGACGGCUCGUUGGUGGCACGCUGGUACGGGUUCCCUGAAUCGGUCCUCGCACAGGCGUGGGUUACCUUGAUCUACGCCGUUGAGGCAACCAAACGCAAUCGCCCUCCGAUCCCCCUGAUCCCCCACACCCCCAACUGGUGGGACGACCGUGCGAUGAGGAUCGUCGAGGCGCUUUUUGGAUGGAAAGACCGAGUCUACCAAAUCGUCGCGGCCUUUGUCGACAGUCGCUUCGUCUUCACCUCGAAUACACCCCCCCAGGACGACGAUGCGGACGACGCAAAGUACUCGCCACCCGCGAAAAAGGGCAAGGAUAUGGGCUCGUCACUCAAGUCCAGCGUCAAGAAGGCCGUUGUUGAGGCUGUCUACGAAGCCAGACUCGCCGACUCGCCCGACGACCACGACGUUCGACUCCUUUCCGACCUGACCACAAAGAUCGCGAGUCUACACGACAAGGCCUCAAAUCAGGUACAAAAGGCGGUAAGCCUGUAUGAUCUAGCGUCGGUGGCAAGGUCUACGUUGCAAGUUACGGUGCAAAUCAUCCGCGACAACUCGCCGCGGAUGCUCACACCCGACGAGCGCUCCCGUCUUGCCGAGCAGACGAUCUGCGACUGGAUCCGAGGGGUAUCACACCGCCCUCAUUGUCUCUUCCCGGCCCUCCACGCGCUCAAGGUUGCGAGCGGGCACACCCGAGGCCUUGGAUUGGUGAGUGGUGGCACCGCCGGCUCUCACCGCGUUUCAACGAGUCGACCCGGCCGUCAGCGGGCCGACGCGCUCCAAUGCGAGUGCAGUUGCACUGAUCCGAUUGUUCAACCAUCCGACCUCUUUGCACAGAAUUUGGGGGGCGAUUUCAUUACCAUGGGGUUACGACGCACGUCUAUACUCAUCUACAAAGGUGAAGACGUGGCCAAGACCUUGCUCGAAUGGCUUCGAUGCGUGUGGGUGCCUUGGCGAUCGCACGUCUCGAGCAACCCCGUGGACCACGUCGCAACCGCGCUACUCGCGCAGAUCGAGCCCCCUCUCUCCUCCGCUUACUCCUUUGUCGAGACCUCGACAAAGGAGUGGGCAUCAAAGCGAGAAUGGAUCGAGCGCUGGGAGGUGCUGCGCCGUCACCUCAAUCAGCAGCUCGGGGAAGCGACCCCUCGUGCCACCACCGCCCCGGCCAACGUGGCACCGGCUCUCGCUACCGCCUCAUCAUCCACGGCCAAUCUCGAAGAGCCCUCCCCCGAAACGACGCUCGAUCCUCCCCCUUUCAAGCGCGCCAAGAAGGCGGCCCCCCCCAGCCGUCGGCCUGACUCGGGUCGGAUCGACACCCGAUUCGACCAUCUCGGACCCCUCGUGGCAAAGGUUCUUUUCAACAUUGAGAGCUUUGGAGCGAAUGGCUUUGUGCCCCACGGAGAAUGGCGAUCGGAUGGACAAACGGUCCGGCUUCUAGGCUACAACGUCGCCAAGGCGAUCCCCAACAAGUUGUCCCUGCUCCUCCGAGUCCCACUUUGCGCCGACACCCCUGCCCCGGGGGUCACGCGUGACCCGCAGUCGAUCGCGGAGACGUUCGAGCACGUGACCAGUAGCGGAACCGUGGCGUUCGACCCGACCUACGAUUGUAUCGCACGGUCGUCGCUCCUCGCCACUCCCAACGAGCUUGUCAAGUGGGUUUCCGCCUCGACUCUGGUCCCAUUACCGACAGUACGAGGCGGUAUGCCGCGCCUCGAGAGGGUCGAGAAUGCCGGCGAGAAGGUCCUCCAACUUCUCUACAGCCACGGCAAGGGUGAGGUGCGUAUUCGCUGCGCGGGCGCGGGGGCCGCCCGUCUCCGGGCCGGGGGGAAUGGAUCCAGUAUCAUCCAGCUGACGAACCGUGUUCGCCUUCACUUCCAUCGCCGGAGCAGGACUGGGCUGGUCCAGAUCGCAUCGGAACCCGCUACACGACCGAUGAGGCACUCCGACAAAUCGUCCAGGACAGUGCCAACGACUCCAUCAUUAUUGGCAUCGACCUGGGCACGAAAUGUCCUAUGGCCGUUUCGGCUACCCUCUUUGACCGAAAUGAGGUUCAGAUUCAAGACGACGUCGUCGUCUACGCGGAUGCGCUGGACAAGCCGUUGAGGAAGGUGCAGAGCCACGUUCGGAAGCUCUCGGCUGAACCGGCCGGCAGCCUCCGAUUCGGUCACGCCAAACCUCCCGGCCACGCAGCAACCCCUCUUGAGGGACAACGCCCUGCCACCUCGGCCGCCACCCUCGACGGUCCUGCUUCAGCCCCCUCUGACUCGAAUACGACCGAGCGCGACGACGCCGACGCACGCACUCGCGCCGAGCUCGCUCGUGGAUCCUCCUCUCGUCUCCUUCUCGGCGAGCCGGAUCGACAGGCCUGGGCGGCCAAGACCAAUCUCUUAUCCAAGGCUUCGAGAAGGCGCUUCGUCGAGCAGGUGAUGGAGGUUUCAGGUUUGAGAACGAUAGGUUCGUCCUCCGUUUCACGCCGCAGGGAGUCUUCUCGAACAAGUUCAAGCCGGAUACUGAUUGUCGUAUGGAACCUCGUGCUUCAACCUUGUUGUAGAGAGGGCCCGCGAUGACACGUUAAAGCAAGCGGACUUGAGCAAGAUCAAGACCGCAGAGGUCCUCCAACGAAAGGACAUCCUGUCGCCGCGCCAACGUCCGGUGCUGGUCUUCGUUGGCGAGGGAGGCUCGAGUCGUGGAACACAGAAGGCGACGUAUAGGACGAAUGUCCUUUGCCGAGACCUCGUUCAAGAGUUCAACAGAUUGAAAGAGCGAGGAUUCGUCGUGGAGAUCGUCUCGGUCGACGAAUACAAUACCUCCUCGGUCUGCAGCGACCCCACCUGCCGCAACGAGGUGACAGGGGAGCGAUCCCGGUAG